GCAAGCACAAGGUUAGCGAGAGAGAGGGAAAGGACUUUUGGGGUGCGGCGGAGUAAAGCAGCUGCAGCGUCCUCCUGUUUAAGAGAGAGAGAGAGAUUUUGGAGUCUGUUUGUGUCGUGCGAGAGUUUAAGAAGAGGAGGUGGGCGUCCAAAUCCAACAAUUCAACAAAGCCAAAGGAAAAAAAAGAAAAGAAGAAAAGAAAAGAAGAUCGAAUCGAAUGAAAAUGGAUUCGGACUUCGGAAUAGCAAGAGAACUUUCUGAUCUGCAAAAGCUUCGCGCUCAGUACCAGCCACAGCUCCCUCCCUGCCUUGAGGGAACUACUGUUCGAGUGGAGUUUGGCGAUGGCACUACUACUGCUGACCCGCACGGGGCUCACACUAUCAGUCGCUCCUUUCCUCACAGCUAUGGUCAGCCUCUGGCUCACUUUCUCAGGGCUACUGCCAAGGUCCCUGAUGCUCAGAUCAUCACUGACCACCCGCCUAUUCGGGUGGGAUUAGUUUUCUGCGGUAGACAGUCUCCUGGUGGACAUAAUGUCAUUUGGGGACUACACGAUGCUCUCAAAGUUCAUAAUCCUAACAGCACUUUGCUUGGAUUUUUGGGUGGUUCUGAAGGUCUAUUUGCACAGAAGACUCUUGAAAUUACCGAUGACAUCCUUGCUACAUAUAAAAAUCAAGGCGGUUAUGAUCUACUUGGACGGACAAAAGAUCAAAUAAGGACUACUGAGCAGGUGAAUGCAGCAAUGGCUGCAUGCAAAGCUUUAAAGUUGGACGGCCUUGUUGUUAUUGGAGGGGUAACUUCAAACACAGAUGCUGCUCAGCUUGCAGAAACUUUUGCAGAAGCAAAAUGCCAAACAAAGGUUGUGGGUGUCCCAGUCACGCUAAAUGGAGAUCUCAAGAACCAAUUUGUAGAAACUAAUGUUGGUUUUGACACUAUAUGCAAGGUUAAUUCCCAGCUUAUUAGCAAUGUUUGUACUGAUGCACUCUCUGCUGAGAAGUAUUAUUAUUUCAUCCGACUCAUGGGCCGAAAGGCAUCACAAGUUGCUUUGGAAUGCACUCUUCAGUCACACCCAAAUAUGGUGAUUCUCGGUGAGGAAGUGGCUGCAUCGAAACUUACACUUUUUGACAUCACAAAACAAAUUUGUGAUGCUGUUCAAGCUAGGGCUGAACAAGAUAAAUAUCAUGGUGUCAUUCUGCUGCCAGAGGGGCUUAUAGAAAGUAUUCCUGAAGUGUAUGCUUUAUUACAGGAAAUCCAUGGGUUGCUUAGACAAGGUGUUUCUGCUGAUAGCAUUUCCUCUCAACUGACCCCCUGGGCAUCUGCAUUAUUUGAGUUCUUACCACCUUUCAUAAGGAAACAGCUCCUACUCUUUCCAGAAUCUGAUGAUUCCGCACAGCUAUCCCAGAUUGAGACAGAGAAACUUCUUGCGCAUCUCGUGGAAGCUGAAAUCAAUAGGCGAUUGAAAGAAGGAACUUAUAAAGGAAAAAAAUUUAAUGCCAUUUGCCACUUCUUUGGUUAUCAAGCUCGAGGGUCACUGCCAUCAAAGUUUGAUUGCGAUUAUGCCUAUGUUCUUGGUCAUAUCUGCUACCAUAUUCUGGCUGCUGGGUUGAAUGGUUACAUGGCAACUGUAACUAAUCUUAAAAAUCCUGUAAACAAGUGGAAAUGUGGCGCCGCUCCAAUUACUGCUAUGAUGACCGUUAAGCGCUAUGGUCGUGGUCCUGGAACACAGUCCCUUGGAAAACCUGCUCUGCAUCCUGCUACUGUUGAUCUGAAAGGCAAAGCAUACGAGUUGUUGAGACAAAAUGCGACAAAGUUUUUGAUGGAUGAUGUCUACAGAAAUCCAGGACCCCUUCAAUUUGAUGGUCCUGGUGCAGAUGCAAAGUCUGUAACCUUAUGUGUUGAAGACCAGGACUAUAUGGGCCGCAUCAAACGGUUGCAAGAAUAUCUUGAUAAGGUGCGCACUAUUGUGAAACCUGGGUGCUCACAAGAUGUUCUGAAAGCUGCUCUGAGUGCCAUGUCUUCUGUGACGGACAUUCUAUCCGUGAUGUCAACACCAUCAAACAGUGGAAACACGCCCUUUUGAACGUUAACAUGUUGAUGAUGAAUGGAAAUUUUGUGGUGAAACCAUUAAUGCAGGAUUCCUGAUGUUUCUUUUUUUUUUUUUGACUUUAUGCAUGAGGUCAAUAGUUUAAUUAGGUGCUCGAAAACCGAAUUAUGAAGAUAAAUAUGAUGGUUUUGGUUUUUUCUUGUUGCGGUUUUCAUUCUUGCAACUCUGAGGAACAGAAUAACACACUGUAGUUGACUGGAGUAUGUGGUUGGCUGAACAUGUGGCGAAACGAGACUUGGUUUCUGCAAUAAUGAAGAUUUGUUUUUUUUUUUUUUAA